AUGACCACUGCUUACGUUACUACCAAAGACAAGUCGUCUCCGAUGUUGGAAUCUUUUACUGGCAAGACAGCAAGCCCUUUCAGCUACGGCAAUGGUCACGUUGAUCCUGUUGCUGCUCUUGACCCAGGUCUCAUUUACAACAUCACGGUGGACGAGUACAUCGACUUCCUCUGCGCCUCAAGACUUCCAAAAGUGAAGAUUGAGAGUAUUGUAGGUCCGUAUUUUAAUUGCAGCUCCAACUCGAACAUAUACGACCUCAAUUACCCUUCAUUUUCUGCUCGAUAUAUUACUGAAGCAGCGAUCAACGGAGUAUACACAGCCAAGUUCAAAAGGACCGUCACAAAUGUAGGUGAAGCAGGAACUUACAAAGUGGAUGUGUCUAUCCAUGAGCCCGAACUGGUGAAAAUAUCAGUGGAACCCAGUGAGCUCACUUUCAACUCGUAUGGAGAGGAACGAGGUUUCGUUGUGACUGUGGCAAUGAGGACGCCGCCUGAAAAUUCAUGGGUAUCGUGGGGGAGGCUUAUCUGGUCAGACGGCAAGCACAUUGUAGGAAGCUCAAUGGCCUUUGCUUGGGGCGAUCCUAGAUCAUUUGGGCAGACGAUAAUGGUAUGA